AUGUCACAGCUCAGUGCCGGCUCGCGCACUCGUGCUGCGGCGAGGGCGCCGCGACGCCCCGGCGUCUUGGCCGUGCCUCCGCAGCUCCGCCCGGUCGUCCGCGCCUACAUCCUGGGAUACGCCUCUGCGGUGGCGCCCCGGCUGCUGACCUUGGCCGUCCAGCACAUCCUCAAGCUGCGGAGGAACUCUGAGCAGCUGCUGCCCUCGGAUCCGGAAGAUGAGCCUACGUUUCUCGCUGGCACUCGCCACAUUCUGCUCUCCGGGUUCGACCCCCAGCGCUUCCCGACAUUUUGUGCCGUCCUCGUCGCCGGAACCUCUUUAUUACAUAAACCGCUCGACAAAGUCAUCGCCAGUCUGGGCUCAAAGCUAACCGAAACGUCACGCUUGCGAUUGGCACGCUUCCUAUGUAGCUUCCUCGCCGGAUGGUUUGGCCUGAAGCUCUUACACACAAAGGGCACAGCACCCCGCCGACACUCCACGGCCAGGCGAACCAAGCGAGAGGAGGAACUGCGGUCCAAGAAGAUGGCCGGUCGCACCAUGGACCUGACUCUCUUCGCCGCCACUCGUGCCGCCGACGUCCUUGUCGGCGAGCUCUGGUCGCAGCGCCGGUCCCGACGACAGGCUGCCAACAAGUGGACCAAUACUGAAUCCUUUAUUCAAUACAUGGCCGAUCCGCUCGUAUUCGUCUCGUCGUGCGCCUUCAUCAUGUGGUCCUGGUUCUACUACCCCGACAACCUGCCCCGCGGCUACCAGAAAUGGAUCACGUCGGCCGCGCAGGUCGACACGCGCCUCAUCGAGGCCCUGCGCCGCUUCCAUUUCGGCACCCUCGUCUACGGCCGCGAGACGGGCCAAGCCGGCCUCGUCGGCGACAUGUGCGACGACUACGGCCUGCCGCGGCAGUGGGGCGACCCCGUCACCAAGAUCCCGCUGCCAUGCGAGAUUGUCCACAUGGGCUGCGGCCCCUCGUGCGAGUACCACGCCCUCAGCCGCUUCGCGCGCUCCUGGAAGUGGUCCAUGUACACGUACCUGCCCCUCGCCCUGGCCCUGCAGCUGCGCAAGACGCCCUACACCCGCCACAGCCUCGUCGCCGCCCUCCGCUCCGCCUCGCGCUCCUCAGCCUUUCUCGCCAUGUACAUCACCCUCUUCUACUACGGCGUCUGCCUGGCCCGCAGUCGCGUCGGCCCGCUGCUGCUGGGCACCGACACCGCCGCCCGCCAGCAGCUCGACAGCAACAUCUGCGUCGGCACGGGCUGCUUCCUCUGCGGCUGGAGCGUGCUCAUCGAGACGGUGAGCCGGCGCAAGGACAUGGGCCUCUUUGUGGCACCCCGCGCGCUGAGCACCUUUGUCCCGCGCCAGUACCCCAAAGAGAAGCAGUGGCGCGAGACGCUGGUCUUUGCGGCCAGCACAGCGGUUGUCUUUACCUGCGUGCUGGAGAAUCCGCGUCGUGUGCGUGGUGUGCUCGGCGGGGUGCUUGGUUAUGUCCUGAGAGAGUAA